AUGAGGGUCCUGCUGACAUUGGCAGUGCUGCUCUCCUGCAGUGUGGUGGCAGCUCAUGGGAAGUUCCCACGUGCCCCAGGACUCGAGGGAAGCACAGUUGGAAAUCUCACCGCCCACGGCUGCUCCUCCGGAUGGGGCAGCAGCAGCACCUCGAUGGCUUCCAUGGACCGGUGCUGCCGGCUCCUUCCCUGCUGCUACACCAAACUGGCUGCACGACGGUGCCGCCCGGGACCCAUCCAGCCCCUCUCAGCACACGGAGCAGGAAUUCCCACCUGCAGGUCCGGGAGCUGGUGCCAGAGAGGUGCGUGCAGGUGCGAGCGGGCAGCCCUGCUCUGCCGGGCGCGCGCACGAGGGCUGCUCCGCUACCGCAGCCGGUGCCGGGGACGAGCCGGGAGGUGCUGA